AUCCUCAGUAUUCAGUAUGUACACAUAUCUUGAUAUACACAUAGGAUGGUACAUAGGUUAUUAAAAAAUCAACAAUACUCCUUAUCUUCGGGUUCACUAAUUAUAUUAUUGUUGGUUAGUCUGACAAGGGACAAGGUUACCAGAGUUUACAGCUGAUAUUCAGAUUAUUAAUCAUCGGAAGGUGUUAGUGUGAAAAUAUUUUUACCAUUGGUUUAUUGGUGAUUGAAAUAACUUCAAUCAACGGGAAUAGGAACUUAACAAUGUUUUUAUUUAAGAAUACAUUGAAAUUAACCCAGAAGCACUUGAAAUUAUUAGCUAACAUGUCAACUAAAACAAUAAAGACACAAAAAAUUGAUGUUGAUGGACAAACUAUUAACUAUGUUAAAGUCGGGAAUGGUCCGAAGACAGUGUUGUGCUUUCCUGGAGCCUUAGGAACAAUUUGGAGCGAUUUUAAACCUCAAGUGGAAAAUUUAGAUAGAGAAAAGUUUACUAUAGUAGCAUGGGAUCCCCCUGGUUAUGGUUACAGUCGUCCUUCAAAUAGAAAAUUUGGAAUUCAUUUUUAUAGAAACGAUGCUAUAUGUGCAGAAAAGUUUAUGAAUACAUUAGGAAUAGACAAAUAUUCUCUACUAGGGUGGAGUGAUGGAGGAAUAUCUAGUAUGAUUUUAGCAGCAGCAUAUCCAGAAAAAGUUGAAAAAUUGGUUUGUUGGGGAUCUAAUGCAUAUCUAGUCGCUGACGAGGUUAAACAAUGUGAAAGUCUUCGAGAUAUAAGCAAGUGGUCGGAUAAAAUGAAGGCUCCAUUAGUAGAACUAUAUACAGAAAAAGGACUUUCGGAUAUGUGGAACGCUUGGUGUGAUACCUGUGUGAAAUUGUAUGAAAAUGGUGGUGAUAUUUGCAAAGAUGAUUUAAAACAAAUUAAAUGUCCUGUCUUUAUAUUACAUGGAGACAAAGAUCCUAUGAUCGCCGCUGAACACCCCGAUUAUUUGUUAUCCAAUAUCAAAAUGGCAAAGCUGCAUAGGUUCCCAAACGGUAAACACAAUAUCCACUUGAGAUAUGCGGAAGAGUUUAACAGUUUGGUUACUAAAUUUUUACUGGAAUAACAAUUUUGAAAAGUAAAAAAGUGUCAAUAAUGUAUGUGUUAUUAUUUAUAAACGUGCAAGGUGAAUAUUUUUAUAAAAUAUUUUAAUAUGUUGCAAAUAUAUCGUUAAGAAAUAAAAUGUGAAACAAUU